UUUCCAGCCGCUCGCAAGGAAGUAGGGCCAGCCCUCGCACAGCCAUUUGCCCUUCCCUUGCCCGCACCCAACAUGGCGCCGGCGAAGCGUCCUCUGGCGCAUGCGCGAAGGCAGGAGCUGCGCGGCGGGAGCUGCGCGUGCCGCGACCGUGAGGCAUGUGGCGGCUCGCGCGGUCGCUGAGGCAGAGCGGCUCGAGCUGGCAGUUGGGCGGUGCGGCCGUCGCUCGGUUGACGGUCGCCGCGGGGUCUCCGGCGCCGAGCGGGAGCCCCGGCGGUUGGUACGAGUGGCUGGCGCAGUCGGUCCCCGUGCACUGGGCGGAAGAUGGGCUGGUGGCACUGCAAGCGGCCGCGGGGCUCCCGUGGUGGGCCGCCAUCGUAUGCGGCGGCGCCCUGCUCCGCAGCGCCGUCACCUUGCCGCUCGCCGCGCACCAGGGCCGCCUCCUGGCCAAGUUGGAAAAUUUGCAGCCUGAGAUUAAAAAGCUAGCUGAGCAGCUUCGCUAUGAAGUUUCUGUUCGUGGAAAGCAACUGGGUUGGUCUGAAAAGGUUGCCAGAUUCCACUUUAAGAAGAACCUGCAGAGGAUUAUUACAGAACUGUACAUUCGAGACAACUGUCAUCCAUUCAAAGCUACUUUACUGGUGUGGGUGCAGGUUCCAAUGUGGGUCUGCGUGUCUCUUGCACUGCGCAACUGCAGUGUUGGUGCUGUGGACUCAGAAGUUCAAGAACAGUUUUCGACGGGUGGAACACUGUGGUUUCCAGACCUCACAGCACCAGAUUCCACAUGGAUUAUGCCAGUUUCACUUGGACUCUUGAAUUUGCUGAUAGUGGAGAUCUUUGCUUCACAAAAACUGGAAGCUUCCAGGUUCCAGAAGCUUGCUACAAAUUUCUUUAGAGUGUUGUCAAUAGUAAUGAUCCCUAUUGCUGCAACAGUCCCCUCGUCCAUGGCGUUGUAUUGGUUGUCCUCAAGCUUCAUGGGACUCUCUCACAACCUGUUGCUCCGUUCUCCGACUGUUCGCCGACUGUGUUGCAUACCGAGGACCAAAUCUGACUCAGAUACUCCUUACAGGGAUAUUGUGGCUGCCUUGAGUACCAAAUACAGUUUUAAGAAAUAACACGCUUUGAACUGUCGGAAGAGCUAUCCCACAUAAUUCGUGUGUGUCGUUGAGAAGUGGUAUUUUGUUGAGAUGCUCACUGUAAAGUGCUACAGCUGAAAUUAUAUUUCUUUUCCAAAUAAAACAUUGAUCAUCUGGCUAAAAGGAAUGAUUCAUCAACACAAAUACAUGUUUUGGGAAGUUUGGUUCCAAGGAUGUUAGUUUUGCAAUUUGAACAGUCCAGUAAUGCAAGUUUGUCCCCUAAAUUGUAAAGAGUUAUGAAGAUAAAUCUGUGACACAUCUAGGCUACUUUCUUGUAGCAAAGCUGGUUUAACCUAUAGACUAGUGAACAAAAUUUUGGGGUUGGGGAGAGGGUGGAUGGACUUUGCAGUUACUGGCUCAUUUCUUAAUUGAGAUAUCGUCAGUUGAUAUUCACAUGGUUCGUGUUGCAGUCUUUGUAAGAGUUCUCAUACAUGAUUUCCUCAAACUGCAUAGUAAACUGGAUUAUUGUCCAUCUUUCUGCAUUAGAUUUGGAAUUAGGAGGACAAGUUUAUUGUUUCUGGUGAAUCUCUAUCGAGUGACAGCAUUAUGUUGGUUUUUUUUACGUGUCAGUGUAAUUGUAUGUAGGCACUUCUGUAGGGUUAAACUGUGUUUAUGUGUAGCCUUGCUCUGCAUACAUUUUAAGUCAGCAGAUGUGCAUUGUGACAGAACUUAUGUCCCGUUGCUCAAAAGUUUGUGCAAGUCUGAUCUCCUUAAAGGUAAUUUAUCAUCUUAGAGAAGCAGCAAUUGGGGUAGAAAUGCCGUAUCAUUCUCAUACCGCAAAAACAUGAUGCGUGAUGUAACCGGUAAAGUCAGUGCUCAAUAAUAUUUGGUAAGUGGAAGUUAGUUUUAAAGUAACUGUGGUUGUCUGUGUGUGUUUGUGGGGUUUUGUUUGUUGGUUUUGUUUACUGUUCUGUGUUGUGUUGGUUGGUUGGUUAGUUGAUUGUUUGUUUUAAGAAAAAACUGUUCAGCAUUGAGAAAAGAGAAAAGGCAAAGAGAGUACCGGGCUGGCAGCAGCCAACAGUAAGAAAUCAGUGGUCACAUGUCUUCAUCAAGGCUCCGUGCUCCUUUGUUUUAUUCCUCCUGUUGGUUUGCUUCUUGCGUCUUUGUUUCCCUCGUGGAGCAAAAGAUGGGUUGAAGGAUUCACCAAGACUUUGCCCUAUAGACAUGCAGACAUGGCUCUUCAAAAUGUUUGUUUGAACUUAAGCAUUAGUAGCUUUCAGUUCUGAUGUUGCACUGCAACACACGGGUGUAUUUUCACUAGGGACAUUUGUGAUGUUCCCUCCCAUACUUGCUUCAGGAGCAUAAAAAGAUUUUAUAUAAGUGUUAUUUUCUAAUUACAUUUUAUUUAUCUUUACUGUUCAUCAGUUUUACUGUUUCUUUAUGAAUAAUGGUAAUGUAAUCCUCUGUAAUUUUCCUAAGAUAUUUCUUUCCCUUUUGAGGUUUCAGUCAGAGGUUGUACUGUUGCUUGCAAACAUGCAUGCAAUUCUUGUAUACUGGAAAAUGGCUUUGUUGUGACAGUGAGGAAUUGCCUUUGCAAGAUUUUGGCAUUUUGAGUCAUUUUAAAUGUUGGAGAAUUAUUCAUUUAACAAGUGUUGCUGUCAGAUCUGGCUAUAUGCAAAAACAAAGAUGGUUGCUGUUAGUUUUUGCUUAUAGAUUUGUAGAAAGGGUGACUGUAUUCUUCAUGACCUUGAACAGCAUAGCAGGAUUUAGAGAGAGUAUCUAUGGCUCCUGCUAAAGCCAGAGGGAAGCUUUUCCUCAUCUGAAAUGGUAACGGGGUAAGACCUGAUGGGCACAGCUGAUAGUUUUCUUGUGCUGGGUGCCAUUUAAUUAAGGGUAGCGUAAGUAGGCCCUUCUUAUUUCAUAAUAGCUUUAUAGUUGUUUCACCUUUGAUUUCUGUGAAGGUAGUGAAGAGUGUGCGAUUCCUCUCAGUGGCAGAGUGAGGUCAAGUGGUAGGUUUAACAGGUGAUAAAUAAACAAGAAAAAUAAUAAACACUAAUACAGAUUUGAAAGAGUAAGCAGAUGGUCUACAGGGUGUUUGAUUAAAAGGGGACUGGUUGUAGACAAAUAUAUUUAAAGUAAGGAUAGGAAAGGUCUGAAGUGGUUUUGAGGAAGAAGAUAAGAAUGUGGUGGGGUUUUUGUUUUGUUUUUUCAGCAUCGCACCUCAAGUUUACAAGAUGCUGUGAGAGGAAUUAUCUUCCUUCUGGGAUGCAUAACAGAGAAAGUGCUAGUUUAUUCAAGUGGAGCCUGAAGAUAAAUUUUACAGUGCCCUGAAUGUUGUACAUCUGCAGACAUGUACGUUUUCUGGGAGCAAAUGAACUUUCCCAUGUGCCUUUUUUGGCUGUCUGGGGACUGAGGUGACAAAACUCAAUCUCUCAAUGUAGCUCUAUUUAGUAAAGUUCCUAACUGUAGUUGCAGUUUACAUGUGCCUUCUGUAUAUGUAAAUUGAGAGUAAGCUUCUGUAUUUGGGAUGAAGAAAAAGCAAAAAGUGAUUUUUUUCAGAACAUUGACAAAAUAUAAAGUAUGGUUACAGGUUGAUAAUGCAGGCAGCAUCUUUCAGGAAAAAACAGUAAGGUUAAGGAAAUCUUGUUUAUUUCAUAGUCAAACACACACAGAGGAACUGUUCUUCUUUGCCUGUUCCAGGCAUCCAGAAAUUUCAUAUUUCUGCAGUACCACCUUUCUGUCUGUCAGAAAUGCUAGCAGUUUUGGGUGAGGAGUAUUUUGUUGCUGUCUCUCCUAUAGAAAGGAAUACAGUGACUAAAAGAAACAGAUGGGGUUUUUUUUUGGUUGUUCUUGUUUGCUUGGUUGUAUAGUAUUUUCAUUCCAUUUAGUCCUUGAAUGCACAGGUACAUGAACAAUCCACCACAAUGUGUGAACACUGAAGAAGAACUGCUUGAGGAUAUCCUGCACGGUAUUUCUCUUUUCAUUGCUCAGCAGGGCAGCAGGUUGGGGGAAAUAAGAAUGAUUUUAUUUGUGAAGCAGACAGAAGUGGUGAGAAGUACAGAAUAGGAAUUGUAUUUCUCCCAGUAAAGAAAGCACUGACAACUCUGACUGGUAUUUUUAUUUCUGAAUUAUGUAGCAUUAGUUCAGGCAUAAAGGAAGUUGGUGUGGUGCUUCAGCCCUAAUUGCAGACUGGCCACACCCUUGCAUUAUGGUUGCUGCUGUACUCCAUUUACAUUGUGCUCUUUGAAGAAGUGUCCUAGCCUUUCAGUUGAUCACUGGAGCAAACAGUGACUGAGAUCUCAAAUUUCGACAUUUCAGCAAGUAAUGGUGUCUGUCAAAGUACUCCCUAACAAUAAGCUUCCUGUGCAAUACAAACACUGCUUCUAAUUUACAUAUAGUGUCUUGAUAUUAGUAGAUCCUGUUCUUUAAAUUCUUUAAAUUCUUUCAAGACAAUCAAAAGCACUGGAAUUUCUAAACUGUUCUUCCUAGCGUUGCCAAAAAAAGCCCAGUCCUCUGAAAAGCAGAAACAAGUUCCAUGAAUCCCGGGAAUCUCUUAACAUGAAGCUGACUUUUAAACAGUAGCACAAAUAAAUAAAAUGCAGUCGCUGUUUCCACUUCAACACAACGGAUGAAAAUCUGUAAAAAGAGAUUAUUAAAUAGCAUCCCACCUGUGAAAGAUUUGUGCACUUCAGCCACAAAACUGUCUGAAAGCUGUUGAAUGGAAAAGACAGGACUAAUUAUAAAAUCAACUGUAAGGCAGGAAGUGAUGUUCCACUCUGUGCUGAAGAAAGUCUGCGUGCUUCAGACAUCAGUCUUGUGUGAGUGCUGGUACUGUCAAGCACAUGGUAAGCAAGAGGCAAAGUGGAAAGGGGAAGAAUAUUUUUUGUUUAGAGUAUGUAUACCUUUGUACGCGCAUUUGUGUAUACACACACAACUUUCCUUUCUUGCACCCUUUCUUCAAAACUCUAUGAUUUUUAGGGGGCAGCUUUGUUUGCUGUGACUUUUCAGAUUAAAAGCAGGGGCAGUUCAGCAACCUAAAUUCAAACUAGAAACUACUUCAGCUGUUGGAGUGCUCUUUUUUUUCAGGUUUUUUUUUCAGUUUUAGUUAAUACUCACAAUGUGUGCUGAGCAGUCAUGCUUAGACCCUUAGAGGAAGCCAUGAUUUUUGUUCCAAUACCAUUAGACAGACUAAAUAUUCUUAAGGCUGUGUUUCAUGUAAGUGGUUUUGAAUUUCAUAGAAUCACAGAAUGGCCUGGGUUGAAAAGGACCACAAUGAUCAUCUGGUUUCAACCGCCCUGCUGUGUGCAGGGUUGUUAGCCACCAGACCAGGCUGGCCAGAGCCACAUCCAGCCUGGCCUCGAAUGCCUCUGGGGAUGGGGCAUCCACAACCUCCUUGGGGAACCUGUUCUGGUGUGUCACCACCCUCUGUGUGAAAAACUUCCUCCUGAUACCUAAUCUAAACCUUCCCAUGUCUCAGUUUAAAACCAUUCCCCCUUGUCCUAUUACGAUUCACCCUUGUAAACAGCCGUUCCCUCUCCUGUUUAUGUGCUACCUUCAACUAUUGGAAGGCCACAAUAGGUCUCUCUGGAGCCUUCUCUUCUCCAAGCUAAACAAGCCCAGUUCCCUCAACCUUUCCUCGUAGCAGAGGCAUUCCAGCCCUCUGAUCAUCUUAGUGGCCCUCCUUUGGACCUGCUCUAUAAGAGCUCUGCAUCUUUCUCUGUAGCUAUAAGGACUUUGUACUGACCAGCCUAAAACAGAAAGUUGAGAUUGUCUUGUAAAUUAUUAAGUUGCAAGUAGGUAACCUUGCUUUGCAGGCACCAGACAGCAGGCUGAAAGGUGUGAACUCAAUAUUAAUUAUACAUUGGUGGUCGUGUCAUUGAUCUUCCUUUUCCUCUGAUCUAUCAUUACCUGUUUUUCUUAAUUUGCUUUCCGCAUGGAAGAGCUUACUCAAAUACGCAUGUCCUGUAUUAAUCUAAACAAUUGUAUGUGGUGUUUUGGUAUGAUCGUAUGCCUGUGUUGAAAUUAAGUAUGGUUAACAACCUGUUUUAACAGGGGAUUUGGAUUAGUCCUUGUGUACCCUUCCUUUUCACCAUAAAAGCUGUUGUGUUAGCAUGCUAAGCACCAGGACUGUAAAACAAUUGAAGAUACGUGCUUUGUAUCAAUAUUUGGGUUUGAAUUUUUCUUUGUUUCAAUAAACAGUAAAAAACUAUUCAUAUAAACUUUUUUAAAAUUAAGAAUUCCAUAAGUUUUAAAGGAUUUUCUCCUUAAAGAGUUACGAUUAUUGCUCCAUCACUUAAGAUUAUACAGUAUGGUGAUGACUUGGCGAUGUAAGGAUUUGGAUGUCUUAGGGAAGGGACAGUUACUUACUGUAAAUGUGCACAUGUCCGUAUUUGGCAAUUAAAAUGCUAUUUUGUUGAGUUUAGCACACUGUGCAUUAUGUCUGGAUUUGGGAGUAUUAACAUUUCUUGUGAGAACAUUGGUUUUCAGUACAUGUUGCACGUAUGCACCUUCAGGUAAUUGUUGACCUGCACUAAAAAGAUUCUACUUGUUGGAAAGUUCCACCUUACUUCAUUGGUGUGAACAGAUGGGAGCAAACAUUUUAGCACAAAAUCUGAAGCAGUUACUUGAAUUGCAGUGAUGCAUAGAAUGUGCUUAGCAUGCUGCUAUGAUUUUAGCCUUGGAAAACUAAUGGCACUAUAUACUUACAAAUCCUAUUCAUUGUGUGGUUUAGUCUUUUCACUAUUUUCCUUGGUCACUCAUUUAACCAUUGGCUACGUAAUGAAUUGUAGAGCCCUGUUCCUACUACAGUUGCAUUUUGGUACCUUGUUAAAUAGAUUCAAGCUUUCUAAAGUGUAUAAAAAAAAAAAAGAAUUUCCAUAUAGGGGACAUAAGUUUUCUAGUUGCUGUCUCUAACACUAUACUGCAAUAUCUGAGGAUGUCCUACUUUACAGAUUAACGUUCACUGGAUUGCAGCUUUGCAAGUACAGAGAGAUACGGUUUCUGACUGACAGAAGCAAUUUUGGAGAAAGAGCCAAGUUAGAUGCUGUUAUAUUGAUUGUACUGUGCUUGUACAGAUUGGACUCUUGGAGUUGCUUUUACUAUCUGGUUGUGAAUUACAGCACAUAAUUGAUACAGCUACAUCUAUAUGUGGCCAGCGUGUUCUCCAAGAACUUGUGGGGAAACUGAAAGUCAAACAAGGCAAUGAAGGCAUUGUGUCUGAUGAAGAAACAGCUUAAAUGCAUCUGUAAAGCAGGUGUUUUAUGCUGUUUGGGAAACUGGGAUUUGCUGACAAGACUGAUGCAUUCUUCCAUAUUCCAGAGUUGCUUAAUCACUUAAGAUUAUACAAUAUGGUGAUGACUUGGCGAUGUAAGGAUUUGGAUGUCUCAGGCAAGUUCACGUGCUCAUUCUUACAGCAAGAUCAGCUGAAAGCAGCUCGGUGCUGCCGGUGUAUGUCAUUUCUUGUCCAAAAGACCCACAUUAAAAGAAGGGAAGGAUGAUUGUGGCUCAAAAAUAGAAGAGAGGCAGUUUCUUCAAGGUAGAAAAGCAGCUCUUAGUAAGUUUAUGUUGCAGACAUAAUAAUGUUGCAGACAGCUCAAAAGCCACAUUUAAGGGGCCAUGGUAUAGGGUUAGAAUUGAUAUAAUAGAACCUUUUCCAGGAUUGCAUCAGAUGUGGGAAAUCGUUUCUAGGUGUUUAGAAAGGGCUAUGGAGCUUCCCGAAUACUGUCUUGUGAUUCUGUCUCUGCUGAAGUUCCCGUUGCCGAACGUGAAUUUUGAGAGAUAAACAGGCAGUAGGGGGAGCUGCUGCGCUAUGAAGCUGAAGAAGAGCGAUUCCCUUCCUGCCCCUUUGCUAUCCCUUCAGCUUCCUUAGCAUGGUUUAUCUGAAACGGGAUCCUUGUUUCCAGCUUGGGAAUAGAGCCUGCUGAAGGUUCUGGGUGGGACUUUAAACCAGGUACGGCAUUUUCUUUGAAAAAUAAGUAAAAUAGGAUCUCUUGAAAAGCAUAGAGAGAGCCUUGAAACAGAUGGCUGAAAAAUAUCUCGCACAGAUUAACACCUCUGUGGGGACACCAAAAGUUUUACUAAGUAAUAAUACAGAGUGUGCAAAGUUCUUGAACGUGUUUUUGAAAGUCUGCCGCUUUCUGAGAUUUGUGUCACUCUAGGGUUUGAUGAAGAAAUAUUUAUAUUUUUUCCUUGGGAUUAUAUCUGUGUUGGAGUAAGUGAUAUGUGCACGUAUAUAUAAAUGAAGAGGAAAAGCGCAUUUAAUAUAGUUAGAUUUAGAUUUAUAGGUACAUAUACACCAUACAUUUUCAUAAGUAUAUAGUUCUAAAUAUUUGAGUAUAAUCAUAUUCUCAAGAGCCAGCAGAUCCUUGUCAUGGGUAAAGCGCACAUAAUGUCAGCUAAUUUUUGUCAGGAAUUGAUUACAGCGUGACACUUCCCUGUCAAUAAGAGACACAUUUCUAUUAAUUGCUAUGUAAUAAUUAAUAUUAGCUACAAUUUAACUGUCCCAUGCUUUUUUCUGAAAUCCCCAGGAAUCCAUUUGCAACAUAAAGAUUGCUGUUCUGAAUUCAUGUCAGUUAUUUGUGGCCUUUAAGACUCUUUUCUAUAUCAUAGAUAGUUCCAGGUCUGAGCAAACUGUGCACCAAAGAUAAAAGUGAGAGCACACAUAAGACAGACAUUUUCACUUGCAUAAAACUUGAGCGUGAGUUUUGCCAUUCUACCACUCGUGCAAAUUUUCAGUACUGUUUUGCAAAAAACAUGGUGCACCAGCUUGAUAAUCCAGAUGCUCAGUUCUCCGUUUGUUUGUAUAUUAUUCACACCAUUUAAAUUCUGCUUCUAUUAGAGAGUCACUCCCAAGAUCCACCUCUGCAAGUUAAAAGAGACUCAAGUCCCUCUGAAUGUAUGUGGUGGUGAAUUUCUUGCAGUAUUAUUUUAGAUGAAACUUGAAUCUGGAAGAAGAUUGUUGAAAUAAUGCAGCUAUGCAGAGAAGAGGCUGGAGUUGUGGAACUGAAACCAGUCCAGUCAAAUUCAGCAAAAUUUAAAUUCCUUGGAUGAGUUCUUCUCUGAUAGAGCUUAGAAUUUCUGAAAGGUUCUGGUGCAAGUUUGUGUGUGGAGCCUUCAUUGUCCAUAUUGGGUCUCUAUUCCAAAGCCAUAUCCAUUGUAAGAAUAUUCUUUUGUUUUCAGUCCACGUGGAUGAGAUAAGGACGCAGAAAGACAAUAUUCUAUCCUGGGCAGAAAGAGUUUAUCAGCUGUAAAAGUUUAGUGUCUGUAAGACUUUAGCUUUUAUGCUGCAGUAUGGGUAGCAUAAAGUGGCCUUGCAAGUGGUCAUGUAACAGUGCUUUCUGCCAGUAAGUGAGCAGAGGUUGAUUUCUGGAGAAGAAAGCAGAAAACGUUCCUAUGUCUUCUGAGAAACAUAAUUGAAUUGAAGUGGCUUGUAAAAAUGUGUGUUAUUCUUCCUGGAUGACGUCAUAUUAUUUUAAUAGUGUGCUAUAUCAUUCUAAUUGGCCUAACUUAUUCUGCAUGCUUCCUAUCUUGACUUUACUAAAAACAGUGCAGUGUUAAUAGCCAAGCCUCAUAAAUUGGAAUAGACAGAGAGAAUGCUGCUUUAGGUUUCUUUGUAAUAGAAGGGAUGAUACUUUGAGAAAGAAUGGAUUUUCCUUUGUAGCAACUCUUACUAGCUUGAAAUAUUGCAAAGAAGGUGAGUUUGUCAGUGUGACAUUCAAGAUGCAAAUACAAGUAAAAUGUAACACCUUUUACAAAGCACUGGAGAAGAGUGCUGUUGUCUGCCAGAGAAUUUGAAGCUGUUUGCCAGGCCAUCUUGGUGGAUGCUUUAAUAGCAAGUCCAAAUUCUUAAUUCAAAAUUGAGUUUCUAGGGUGGAUUCUUUGAAGUGCAGAGAAUGUUUUGAAAGGCAGGCUGUCGAUUAUUGGCACUUCAGUUUCCAAGAUUUCAGAAAAUCAAAACAUGCCUGAGCAUUUUUUAACUUGCUAUUGUACACACGGGGGUGCUCUAAGUAUAGUUAAUGCUGUUGGUCAUUGGGCUGCCAGAGCUGUAAAAUCUGGGACAAGCAGGCAGGCCUCAGAUUUUUCAGACAUUUUUCUUCUGUCUUUCAUCUUGAUGCUGUUUCAGAACUUAAUCAGCCCAUCCCUUUGCAGCAUUCACUGCUUUUCCACCUGCUUGCUGUCUCUCUUUGAAGUAACCCAGUGUUUAACACUGCUAAUCUUUAAAAUAAUGGAACAAACUUGCUAGCUGAUCUCUCUUUCUGGACUAAGGAUGCCAAAUGGAAAUUGGCAGGUGUUAGGACUCUCUUACUGCCUAGUUGUCUUUGCAAAGCCAUCUGUAUUUGCAGCCAUGUGGCCAGCUGGGAGGAGAACCUCUUUGUUUUUUCUCAUGAUAAUGUUGGACUACUUAUAUUUAACUGACCUGACUUAUUUCUAAUGGUAAAUAAAGUACUGUUUGUUCCUUUGAGGCUCAGCAUAGCACAAAGAGUAACAGCAACUGCUGUUCUUAUUAUUGAGGCUUGUUCCUCUUUUUUAAAGUCUGAGGGAUCACAAGUUUGUAUUUUUAUAAAACAAAAGAGAAGGGAGCGGGCCAAUGGGGAAUUGCACCACAUAAAAGCUGUCUGAGGGAAUGUGCUUAAUCCCAUUUUUUUUUAUUCUUUUUUUUCUAGUUUGUAUUUAGGACUAGUUUAGGCCAUGGUUUCAUAAUAUUAGAACUAGAUAUUGCUGGAUCUCUCAGCAGUGCAAGCAUGGUCUGGAUUAAGCUGGACUAUGCAAUUGCCAUUGUUUCACAUUAGAGGACACAAUUACAGAGUUUUUGCUGACAUCAGGGUUUUUCUUGCCAGUGCCAUGCCAACUGCAGCAGGAUGGAGCAUACUGGAUCUAGCGAAAGGUUAGGCACAGAAAGAGAGGAGGUGCUACGAGCCUGAAGCUACAAAGUUAGCCUGCCAAAACGUUCUAAACAUUCCUAAGUUGGCAAAAUGAAAUAACUGUUUCUGUAGUUAUCCAACUGUCGAUUCACUUGUCAGUUUAAAUGUGGAUGUUCCUAGGGAGUUGAUUUAAGGUUGGAUCUGAGUACUCUGAUUCAGUUUAACUGUAUCUCUGUGUAAAUAUAAUGAAGAUAGGCAUGCAUUAUUUUUCUUCCAGGAUUGUGUGAUUAGUGUUUUGGGAAAAGUUCAAGCACGGUACAGUAGCAACUUGAAAAGAAGGGGUAGAAUCCACUUGCAGACCAGCAUUUUUGCUCAUCUGAAAUGUUAGGAUACAGUUCUCACUAGCAUCUUUUCUGUGCUGAAGAUUGUAUCUGUCCUUCUGCACUCAUAAGAUACAGUGCUGGAAUGGCACGUUCUUGUGUCAGCAUUUCUGGAAAUGUGAAACAUGUUCCUCUCAUCCCAGCUUCCAGGGAAACAAAAAUAAAACGUACUCUCUUGAAUGGCAUUGUAUUUCCGCUGGAAUGGGAGAAAAGUAACCUCUACUUCCUUCUGCUUAGAAACUAAGGACCCUGAGCUGGAGUGAACAUCAGCUUACCUGGCUAUUACCUAGUAUAUCUGAAGUGAAGAAUUGCUAUUGCCUUGGUAAGCAGUGAGGGAAACUGGAUUGUUACUCAGCUGAUAAGCUUUCUCACCUUUCCUCAGUUUGUGUCCUGCCGAGCCUACUGCAGCUGCUUCCGAAGGUCUGACAAAUCCCAAUCAGAGACUCAGCAGAGAAUUUCUGCAGCCCAGUAAUUGAUCUUUAAUAGAACUGCCAUUACUGUUGCUAAUUUGUAUCUAGCCUUCAGUCAGUAGAUGCCAGGCUGACAUAGGAAAAUUGAAAGUCCCUAGCAAGGACAAAACUGUUUCACCAUACUGAUGAUUUACUAUAAUUGGUUUCAAAGUUUUGCAUCCACACAUGAACAGUAAAAAAGAUGUUUUUGAAACUUAUUAUUAGAGUACAGCUGGGAAAUUGUGAUACAAUCAUAAGCUUGAUUUUUGCUUUGUAAGUCCAAGUCUUAAAUGCAUUAAAUGAAGGAGCCAAAAAGAUUGAAAAGCUGCUUGGAAUGUUGAUGUGUACCACGCAUGUUGCAACAGGAAUAUGUUGUUAAUUAGAAACAAAUGCCAGCCUUCAGCAUCAGCCAGUUUGGGGUAAAAGGCCUUGUCAGAUGGACCUCAUUUUGUUUAUCUUGUAUUUGCCUGGGGACCGUUUUCUCGAUGUUGAUCAAAAGUGGUGUGUAAUUGUUCCAUAGAAGACAGAAUGCAAAACUAUGGUAAAUGACUGAUCCUUGAAAGUUCAAGAGGCUGAGUAGAAGUCUUUGAAUUGUAGACCAAAUACAUUCUUGCAGUUAGAACAAGCCAAGAAGUUGUUCCUUCAAUCUGAUUUAUAAAGAUGAAUUGUUUUAAUUUACACUGAGAUGGGCUAGGAGUCUUCAGACUCAGACAUGGUAACUUUAGAACCACUAGAACUUGUGUGGUAGAGUCACUGGACUUAUUUCAAUCUUCCUGGUUGAGUACUAGAAUAGAUAGCCAUCAUAACUACAUUUUUGGGUUUGGUACUUGUUUUGCUUUUCUUUGGGAACACAUUUCAAGAAAUGCUGGAAUAUAACUUUUUCUGACAGAAAAUUUUAAAUAAAAAUUUGUCUUGUAGUUUUUGAAAAGCUGAAUUGAACUUAAAGGGUCUAUUUGAGUCUGUUUGGUCUAUUAUCUCCUUCCUGGUUGAAGUAUCCUGCUAUGUGGCAAUUGUAAGAAAGAGUAUUAUUUUUCAAUGCUUGGGAGAGAUGAAUAGCAGUGGAACAUUGUCUCGCUGUAGGCUCUUCUGAGUAUGAUUUCUUAACUCAAGAUCUUUUAGAGCUGUUGCCUUCAGUGCAUUAAGACUAGACCUUAUGUAGUAGAUGGGGAGAAGGUUAUAGCCAGAGAUGGUUGAGCGUUCAUGAAAAUGGUAAUGUGGACAUCUGUGGUUACAAGCUGAAAAUGUGUUUUUAAUGAUGUUUUCCUAAGUUUUCAGCGUAUGAUGUAGCAUCAUUAUUAGAUUUGAAUUUAUUAUACUUAAGAUCAUUUUCAUUAGUUCUCAUUAUUUUAAUAGUGAAGGCAGUGAGGAAAAACUCAGAUGCAAAUACAGCCUUGUCCUUGGUGGUGGAAUUGUAACUCCAGAUCCCAAGGUGUGUUGCCACUUUGCAGGAUAAGUUUGCUGUUGGUUUAUACUACAACAAUUUGCUUUGAUUGGUUGAGUUUCUUAAAUCUGCCUCUGAGAAUACAGUCUCUGAAAAGUGAGUGCGUGGAGGUGGCUUGGCUUCUCACCCUAAUAAUUAAUAUCCCCCUUUUUAGGAGAAGGGAUCAUUCCCUCAUACGAUACUGGAUUAUGAAUUGUGGUCAAGGACAUGCAUGUCUAAAGAGAUCUAGUUUGCUAUCUGCACACCUGGCUUUCUCUGCUAAUAGCUUUUCAUUUUGGUUUCUUUUUCUGAAGCUUGCCAGCGACCACCUCUCUCACUGUUUCUUGCCAUGAUUCUUGGUCAUGUAAGUUGCUUUCUUUUCUAUACUCAAGGAAGUAAGGUAGGGGAAAGAGGAGGUGAUUGUAUGCAUUCCAGCAUAAGCAUGGAUUUGAUGAUACUGGAUGGGUGUAAAUGUCUUGCUGGUUUUAAAACAAAGCAUGUCGCUAAAAGUGUCUGGUUGAUAAAAUGUAAGAAAGAUAGAAUAAUUCCUUUAAUGCCAAGGAACUUUUCCUGUGGCUUAAAUCAUUGCACUGGAAAAGGUUAGGUCCAGGACAGGAGACCAGAUAAUAAAGAAGAAUGUGUGCUAUCAGUCUGGAAGUGUAGGAGUCUCAUGCUUGAAAAAUCUUUUUUAGAAAGAUGUUGCCCAUUUAAUAAAAUAACUUCAGAUUAGGUUAAAAAUAAAAAUUGACAAGCUAGGUAGCUUUCUAGAAGCAGAAGUGGACAUAUUUCCCUGGCAUUGGUUGUCAUAAGCUUUUCUUGCAGGGGAGAGGUUGUGGUAAAGCUUGCUACUAAGACAACAGCCAGUCUUGCCAACCUGUUCCUUCCUGGACAAAUCUGAUGACCGCUACGUGAGCUCCAAGCCCAGUGUCAUGCUGCUGAUUUGUGUGAAAAGAAAGGAAACAUAAAAAGAGAUCUUUCUGAAAGGGAGAAAACUUAAACUUUCUCGCAUCUUUAGUAAGGAUGCGUAGCUUUGAAUAGCUAGGAGAGAAUUGUGGAUUAAGAAACUCUGGUCUUUUUCAUUUCACUGAAGAAAUGUGGAAUGAAAUUUGAGGAAUCCUGAGAAUGGCAGGACACAUUUCAUUCUGUCACAGUGUUGAGUUAAAAUUAUUCUCUUCACAAUUGCUGAGUGCAAAUGCACUAGUUUUACCUUUUAUCCUUGAUCCCAGUUCAACUUCCAGUGAAAGGUGGGUGUUGUUUGGUUGGUUUGUUUUUUUUUUGAACAACUUUGUGUAGUAUUAUUUUCACUGUUAAAUGAGGCAGAGAGUUUAGAAUCAGGUUUUUAACAGGUGCAGCACCACUGUAUGUGUCAGUACCCCUUUCAAAAUUUGAGCUGCAGGCAUUCACGCUGUAAUGUAAAAUGCAGAACCUGUCAGCAGUCAACUACAGCAAUGUUUACAGGUAGUCAUACUCUUUAAUUUUUUCCUGUUUGUGUUUGUUGUUUCAAGACUAAAAAAAAAAACUUCCUUUGAUUUGGGCAUUGAAGCCUGAAGUGUUCAGGAAAACAAAAGAAGUGUUGAGUUCUCAGUUGUAGGUUGGACAUCAAAAGGGGAGCAUGUGUAUGCUGAUUGUAAAUGGUUAGAAGGGCUCAAAGGAAGCAUUUGGCAGAACUAGGAGAGGAAAUGAGAUUUUUUCACGUUUGGAUUGUAACAAAAUCCAUACACUUCUUGUGUGAUGCACAUCCGUAUCUUUUGUACUGCCUUCAGUUUCCCUUUUUCAUUAUGAAGUAGUUGUGUGUUCAGACGAUACCCUGGAAAAUACAACUAUGUGUGCUUUCACUUAAAUGCUGCGUAAACUGAACAAAGAUGUUUUCCAAACGGAAUUGGGAUUUAUAGAUACGCAGGCCCAGUUUUGAGAUAGCUGAGCCUUUUUUCAGUAAUCAUAAAAUGCUUUUAGAAUUGUGAGGCAAAAGAUCUGUUCCCCUGGUUUGAUUCUCAAGAGUCUUUUUACUGUCAGUAGUACCUCUGUUAAAUAAUAUCUUACGUCUUGCAGAUGAUUACGUGAUUUUAACUUUGAUAAACCUGGGUAAAGUUGAAUAUAUGCAAGUUAAUUAUUUCCAAAGUUUAUUUGCAAAGGUAGACAGCUGCCUCUUGGAUAUUUUCUUGAAAUAGAAUGUGGGUGGAACAGGGAAAGUAGGAGGAAAAAUGCUGUUCUAGUUUUACAUGCAGCUUGGAAAAUUCUCAGUAUUUUGCUGUUCAUAUUGUCACUCUCACUACUAUGUGGUGUGUCUAGCAAAUAGACCUUUCAGUGUGGCAAACAAUAUUGUUCCUUAAGUGCAUCUCCAAAUCCUUGUGGACCUACUGCCUAGCAAAUGGAUGCAGGCUGUUUUUUCCCACCUGACACUGUACUAUACUAAUAUCUCAAGUGAAGUGAAAUGAUUAUUUGUGUAUCACCAGAAGCUGUGAACUCUUUUAGUACAGCAGCAGAGUGUAGCAGUGGCCAUGAGUGGUAGGUGUGAUACACAGAGCUGACGGUUUGUGUAGCUGGAUGUGUUGGAAUGAAACAGAGUGCCUAGUGGAUUGUGAGUAUAAGUAUAUGGGCAAGUAUAAGUUAGUUUGCAUUAGUAUAGCAUUCGUUUGCAUUAGGGGCUCAGGCCCAGGCAGGAAUCGCAGAAGCAAGAGUGGGUUUGUCACUUUAAAGGCUCAGAAAGUAUUGCAGACACCCAGUAUCAGCCAGCACCAUUUAAAGUGAGUGACUAGGAAACAUUUGCAGAUAGUGCAACCCACUGUGCCAUGCUAUAAUACAGGAAAAAUUUGUUCUCUUGAGUGUGAGUGUAUGUCUUGGUAGAGUGUGCCAUUCAAGUUAAGACUCAAAUGGCUUAAACUGAGCAAACCUAGCAGGAAGAUAACACACGAUCUAAGAUGAUAAAUGCUGGUUAAGUGUUUGAAAUCAUGAGGGUAGGACUAUGAUGGAUUCUGUGAUAUUUCCAGCAGUCACAUUCAUGGCAGUUAUGCAGACUCGGUUCGUAGUAGCAGAGCAUCUUGCUUUAGGCUGAACAAACGUUUUGUUACAGGGAACAGUUUGGUAAUUUGAGUCUUGCGUCUUGUGGCUUUUAACAUUUGGGUUCUGAAUGGGUUCUGUGUUGACAGAGUGAGACUGACUGGCUUCAUGAACUGUUUGGAAUUUCUGUGCUUGUAACAAAAAGAGAUGCUAAGGUGUGAUUUCCAGCCUGCUCUUUCAGAGAAAGGAAAGGACCACUUGCUGCUUUAUAGGUCCCCUUAUCUUCAACACCUGUGGAAAUCACAACUGGAUUAAAAAAAAAAAAAAAAACCAGCUGUAUUCAAAUGGGAGCCCAGUUGGAAGGAAGCUGAGAUGCAGGAAUUCAGUUUUGAAUAAUAGACAUAAUUGCCCUUAAGGGUUCAAAUUAAACCAUUUUGGUUUGCAUGCUUGACAUAAGCUGAUGGAAAUCAUAUGGAGUGUAACUACAGAUUAAUGUAAGUCAGGAAACAUACUUUUGUAAGGAAGUGAGAGUCAGAGAGACUGCACUGUAAAAAUGCAAUGUGGUCUAACCUUGGUUGGUUAAUAAUGUACUUUAAUGGGAGUUGCUGCAGGCAGAUAAAAUUCUCUUCUGCGUGAAUUUCUGAACAGUUAGGCUAGGAAGGGAAAGGAGAAACAUGGAACUUGAACUCUCUUUAUGGCUUAGAACUUGAGCCCUUUUUGUCUAGAAAUAAUUAAAGGAGAAAAUCUUUUACUAGGACCAAGACAGCUGCUUAUAAGUGUAUCUAAUAAAAGUCAAAUAGUGGCAGUAUUCUCUAGGCGCAUUAUUUCUAUUUUGGAAUUUGGCAAAGAAGAACUUUAAUUUAGAGAAUUCGUAUUGAAGUAGUCUAAAACUUGUGGGUGCAGCUGAAGGGAUUUACAGUAUUGAGUGCUCAAGUUUUGUGCAUUUAUUUCCUUCUUUUUUUUUUAGCCUAGCUGACCAGUCUGCAUAAAGAAACAAGAUUUUUUGUAAGGCUCUGUAGUGCAGAGGAAUUUAAAACUACACUGCUUCUUAUUUAUUCUUAUCUAAAACUAGACUGCUUCUAAAAAUGUUUUCAUCCCUAAGCACGAUGAUGUUCUUCAAACUUAAGAACCAUUCAGAGUCAAAAUAAAUAUACCUACACUAUCCUCCUCACGAGUGCCUUCUUGUACAUUUUUUUUUUUUUAAUACAGAAAGCCAGCAAGCCUUGGCACACCUUUCUAAUCUGAAACACAACGAAAUCUGUCACUCACUUUUGCUGAGUGUUUAAGCCCCAGGAAUUGUGUUUUUAAUCUGUUCUGCACAUAUUCCUGUGGUUCACAUUUUUUUUGCUAAUUAAAAUACUGCAUACUUCUUUCACUCAACUGAUGAGAAACGUUUGUACUCCAUAUUUCCAGGAAUUUUUUUGAUACUUUCUAGAGUUACAGUUGAGACACCACGUCCUUAUCAGCUUUUGUAAAUGGAGGAGAUCUGCGGGAGCAGAUGGCUAAGUUAAAAGGAAAUUAGUGAGUGACUACAACCAGGUCCAUUGAUUCCAAAGCUGUAAUAUUUGCAAAGCAGCACUGUUCUUCAUCUGUAAAUCUUCUGCAGUUCAUGUUUUUUAUUUAGUCACUGCCUGUAUAAUUCUUGCUGCACAGAAUGCAGCUAAUACUUUUAUUUUAGAAAAUAAGCAACCUCAGAUUAAUUGGAUAAUAAAAGCUUUGCUAUGCUUGUGUUUUUCUCCUUUUGAUGCUAUUACCAGAAGACUGAGAGAUAAGCUUUAUUUGUUUGGAGAUAUCUAGAGUAAUAUUUUCAACAAUAAGCCCCCGAAGAUCAAAUAUGCAUGUCUCCAAUUUUUUUUGUGUAAUAUAUGUGACCUUUCUCCCUUAAAAUCCAGAUUAUCUAGAAUGAUGUAAUUGUGGAAAUCAGAAGAUGAUCGAAGCAGUGAUGCUUUAGAACACAUUAAUACAACGUAUGUUUGCUUUUUAAUAGGUAGUACUUCAGGUAUUUCUGCUUCUCUUUGCUGCAGCGUACUGAUGGUGAUAUGAGUGGGUCAAAAUAGAACAGAAUGCAGCUGACAGACUAGCAAGAGCUUGGAGCUUGUGCAUAUUUACUUUUCCAAUGCAGUCGAUGAAUCCCCUUAAGGAAUGGAACUGAAAUGAGAACAGUCUGGCUCUAAACUAACUAUAUAUCAUUUUGUUGGUGUCACAAGCUAUUUCCUCGUGUGACAGUUCAGAGUUCGAUUUGAAGGCCUAUGUGGAAAAUCAGCCCAAAGUGUGGAGGGUGUUGAAAUGCAAAAGUGAGGACUGGACCACAAUAUAGUCUUUUAAAAAUCCCUGUGGUAGUUUUUUAAGAAGAUAGGGAAAACAAAUUCUGAAGGUCUAGCUAAGCUCAAAUUUGUUUGCUGCUUUUAUAAUAUUCCAAAUUCUACAAUACGAGGUUUUAUUCCUACAGUCUUAAUGCAAAGUACAGAUUUAUCAUGCAGACCUAAGCAAAGGAGAUCUUGUGUUACUGUGUUGUCCUUAUAAUGGCUGUCAGCAUCUCUGGGCUUGUAAUAGUUUCUUAUUUUUCUUGAUUGCCAUUUGGAUACAUACCACUGUGACCUACUUUACAGGGUCAUAGUCAAACAGGACUUCUGGUCUCUGUGAUUAAACCUUUGUGGUCACUUCUUAAUAAAUUAAUUGCUUGUGCUUUCUUCUUGCUCUUCAUUUGUUUUCUGACCUGUAAGGUGAAAGCACAUUUCCACAUUUUUAUCUUCUAUUGGAAACUGAAUAUAUUCAACCAGACUGAAAUCCCUGCGAAAAGAAGAUUCUCCCUAAAGGGUAAGAGUUCCCAAUCUUGUUAUUGCUGUGAAGUUAAGUAGAGUUUGGUGCAACCUAUAGUUAAGGGGCCUAAUUGUGG